AUGAACAAAAUCGUUAUUAAGAAAAAAGAAGAUAUGAAUUAAAAGGUGUUUUAAUAAGCAAGUGAUCAUGGUCCUGCUUAGAAUAAGAAUGAAUUGUAUUAUAUUGGACGAGUUAUUAGGUUAUGUUAUAUUGACUCUCAGUGGAGCUAAGGAAACAACAAUUAAAAGAAAAGUGAAAAGUAUAAAAUCAUUAAUUUUCAAAGGGACUUUCAAAUAAUUGAAUAAUGUUUAGGUUCUGGAGCAUAUGGGUCAGUUUCACUAGUGAGAGAUAUUAACAGUCGAAUAUAUUAUGCACGAAAGACUAUUAGUAAAUCAAAACUUAAGGGCUAGGAAUCUAUAGAAAACUUAAAAAGAGAAAUAUUGAUAUAAAAAAAGCUUUGUCAUCCAAAUAUUUUAAAAUUAUGCUACUGUUACGAAGAUUAGAUGAAUGUCUUCUUAAUCUUGGAAUAUGCAGAAUAGGGCUCUCUUUUUUAAUUGAUAAAACGUAAAUAACGCUUGUAAGAGAAAGAAGCAUAAUAAUACUUUUCCCAACUGCUAGCUGGUUUGGAAUAUAUGCAUAAAAUGAAGAUUGUACACAGAGAUUUAAAACCUGAAAACAUAUUAAUAACUAAAUCUGGAGAUUUAAAAAUAGGUGAUUUUGGAUGGGCUACAUAAAUGCCAAAUUAUCACAAAGCUUUCUGUGGUACUACUGAAUAUAUGUCGCCUGAGAUGAUACAAUCAUAAACAACUGAUUACAAAUCGGAUCUAUGGAGUCUAGGUGUGUUGUUAUAUGAAAUGGUUUAAGGAAAAACACCAUUUUAAGGAAUGACAUUUUUAGAAAAGAGCUAAAAAAUACUAUCAAGAAGACAAUUGGAAUACGAAUACGAUGUUUCUGAUGAAUGCAAGUCCUUAAUCAACAGUCUACUUUAAUAUAGAAUAACUUGUAGGCCUUCCAUUGAUCAGAUCAAAAAUCAUCAAUGGAUGUUGUCAUAAGGAUAAGACAGAAAAGGGUCGAUAAGAAGCUCUUCAAUGAUAUCUCUCAAAUCAACUCAUUAUACUUCUGAAGUUCUUGAAUGCUAAUCCAAAAUUUUCGACGGUCAUUUUGUUUAAAAAUCAUCAAUCUAAGAAUGGGAAGCUAUGAAAUUUAGAAGUUUAUAAUUUUAGUUCUAACGCUAAUAAGAUCAAAAACAAUCAUAAGGUAGUUGUUGUUAAAACGAAGGAUUUUUAACUAAAGCUUUAAUUGCUUUAGGAUGUAUUAAUCGAUGA